CGGGGUUUGGAUCCGGGUCAGUCAGGCGCGGCAGUCGCGGAGAGACGCGAAGAGCCUACGGGGCCGGAUCCCCGGGAGCACCCCAACUGCGAGGAGUAUUAACGGGAACAUCCAUAGGAGUGCAGAAACUUUCACAAUGAAAUCUGAAGCCAAGGAUGGAGAGGAGGAGAGUCUACAAACUGCCUUCAAGAAAUUAAGAGUGGACGCAUCAGGGUCCGUCCUGUCUCUGUCUGUCGGAGAAGGCACAAGUGUCAGAGCAUCAGUCAGAACAGCAACAGAUGACACCAAACCUAAAACCACAUGUGCGUCUAAAGACAGUUGGCACGGGUCUACAAGGAAGUCUUCACGAGGAGCAGUGAGAACCCAGCGUCGUCGACGCUCUAAGUCUCCUGUCCUUCACCCUCCCAAGUUCAUACAUUGCAGCAGGACAACAUCUCCUCCCAGCAGCCAGCUCAAGCACAGAAGCCAGACUGAGCCACCUGACAGCAGCAGUGGGCUGGGAAUUUCAAGCCCCAAAGAGUUCAACACAGGAGAGACCUCUACUUCUCUUGAUGUUAAUCACACGGGGGCAGGCAUUGAGCCUCUGAGAAGUUCAGUUCCAAGGCUCACAUCAGAGAGUAAAACAGAAGAGCCCUCUGAUGCUACUACCCAAGUCUCCCCAGAAAGUCUUACGGCCAGCAAUCUCUCUGACUUUCAAUCUGUUUCCAAGCUAAGCCAGGGGAAGCCGUGUGUGUGUGUAGGCAAGGAGUGCCAGUGCAAGAGAUGGCAUGAUAUGGAAGUGUAUUCCUUUUCAGGUCUGCAGAGUGUCCCUCCUUUGGCCCCAGAACGAAGAUCACUUGAGGACUACUCCCCAUCACUGCACACCAGAACUCUGUCUGGCUCCCCUCGAUCCUGUUCCGAGCAAGCUCGUGUCUAUGUGGAUGAUGUGACCAUUGAGGACCUAUCAGGCUACAUGGAAUAUUACUUGUAUAUCCCUAAGAAAAUGUCCCACAUGGCAGAGAUGAUGUACACCUGAUAACGAGAAGCUGAUUCGUAUGCUUUAAACCAAUGAAGGGUUGUCAGAGGCUUAGUUAACAGCAGACCUACCUGGUGGCCACUCUGUGAGAAGACAUCUCUUUCUGCUCACUGUGCUUGCAAUAAAAACUUCUCUUGGCAUCUCAGUUAAUCUUCAUUCUGUCAGUUUACUGAGUUCUCAUGUACCCGUUAAGGCAAGCAGGUCAAAGAAAAUGUCUCCUAAAAAUGUUCUGAGGGCUGAAGAAACCAUAAUGACUGGAGAUUGACUGCAGUGGGGAGUGUGUAAUUCUUGUAAGACAGCAUAUUUCAGACCUGCUUAAAAUAUGACAGUCAAACUCCAGUGUGCUAUCGUAACUGAACUGAACACUCAUGUUGUAGAUGCCAGCCCACCAGUAGUAGAGCUUUUAAGACGCAUUUAAACUGUCUUUAGUUUAACACGGGUUUGUGUCAUUAAAGGUUUCUUAUGUUAUUGUUGAGUCAGAGAUCUAAGGUUUAGAUUCAGUUUGAAUAAACCAGGUGGCCUGCCCCAUAUUGUUUGAGGGAGUCAUUAACCUUACUAUCACUAAAUAAACCCCCGCUGGUGCUGUUA